UAAAAAAGAUUUGUAUGUAGUAAAUGUUUUAGUAACUUUAAUUUUCGUAAUAUCUAAUGAACAAACUGUAGUAAAAUAUUGGCGCGAAAUCUCCUUUAUUUACACAUGUCCUUUCGAUUAUAUGUCUCACGUACCAUUUAUUUAACUUAACCCGAUAAUUAGGUGACUGAGUGAUAUUAUCAUGGGUAUUUUAGGUUUAGCAAAAUUAAUAGCAGAUAUAUCGCCAGGGGCCAUUAGAGAACAGGAGUUGAAGCAUUAUUUUGGUCGUAAAGUGGCCAUAGAUGCAUCUAUGUGUUUAUAUCAAUUUCUUAUUGCUGUACGGAGUGAAGGAGCUCAACUUACAUCUGUAGAUGGUGAAACAACAAGUCAUUUAAUGGGUACGUUUUAUCGAACAAUACGUCUAGUAGAACAAGGAAUAAAGCCUGUAUAUGUAUUUGAUGGAAAACCACCAGAUCUGAAAGGUGGAGAAUUAGCUAAACGAGCUGAAAGAAGAGAUGAAGCACAGAAGUUGUUACAGGCAGCAGAGGAAGCUGGAAAUGCAGAGGAUGUAGAAAAAUUUAAUAGAAGAUUAGUAAAAGUUACAAAAACACAUGCAGAAGAAGCUAAACAAUUAUUGCAGUUAAUGGGCAUUCCUUUCAUUGAUGCUCCUUGUGAAGCUGAAGCUCAAUGUGCUGCUUUGGUAAAGGCUGGUAAGGUCUAUGCAACAGCUACAGAAGAUAUGGAUGCACUUACUUUUGGAUGCAAUGUUUUGCUCAGACGACUAACAUUUAGCGAAGCAAGAAAAAUGCCCAUACAAGAGUUCCAUUUUGAUAAAGUAUUAGAAGGCCUUGAAUUAAAUCAUAAUGAAUUUAUUGACCUUUGUAUAAUGUUGGGUUGUGAUUAUACAAAUAGCAUUAAAGGAGUCGGACCAAAAAGAGCUAUAGAAUUAAUUAAAACACAUAGAUCACUUGAGAAAAUCAUAGAAAACUUGGAUACUAAGAAGUUUCCCAUUCCAGAAGAUUGGAAUUAUAAACAAGCUCGAUUAUUAUUUCAAGAACCUGAAAUAACAGAUCCUGAAACGAUUGAUUUGAAAUGGACAGAACCUGAUGAGGAAGGAUUAAUAAAAUAUCUAUGUGGUGAUAAGCAAUUUAAUGAGGAAAGAGUAAGAAAUGGGGCAAAGAAACUGCAUAAAGCACGAAAUACUUCUACCCAAGGACGACUAGAUACAUUCUUUAAAGUACUAUCAAGCCCAAAUCCUUUGAAGCGUAAAGUGGAAGACUCAAAGACAACGAAUAAAAAAAAUAAAAAGGGGACAAUAGGAAAACCACGUGGAAGACCACCAAAAUAAUUGUUUGGAAUACUCAUAGUUUCUUAAUUUUUACAAGUCUUAUAUAUGAAUAUUUAUACAAAUAUAAUGGUCUCGAAUAAUUUCUCGAAUAAUCAUAUAUGUAUAAA